AUGAAGAAGCGAGGAGGAGGAGGAGGCUUCGGGAGCAAGCAACCGGCUCUGACGAUGGUUGAGAACAUCCCGUUGGUUUCUUUUCCCGCGUCAUCGUCAUCAUCGAACGAAGAUGAUGAAACAGAAGUUGAAGAAAAACGAUUGGCUGAUGGACCAUCAUCGAUGAUGAAUCCAACGACAAGAACAACAGUUACGAGAAGACUACAACAGAUCAUUCGGUUACACGUGAGAGGAAUGACGUGUUCAGCGUGUUCUGGAACCGUCGAAGGUGUUUUGAGUUCUAUACACGGGGUCGAGAAAGCGGCGGUGAGUUUAACAACCGGACGAGCCGUCGUUGAGUUCGCGAGUUCACUCAAACAAAAUAUCUCCGACUUUGAGGCGCUUUUAGUGUCCUCCUUAGAAGACGUCGGUUUUGAAGCCGAAGUAGAGAAAGAGACGUCGAUCGCGAACAUAUUUCUAUCCGUAGAGGGAAUGACUUGUUCGGCGUGCACGUCGGCAGUUGAACACGCCUUGAACGAUACGCCGGGCGUCUUGAGCGCUUCGGUCGCGUUGUUGCCUCGAGGGUCGGCAAAAGUUUCUUUCGAUUCAACCGCGACUGGACCGAGAACGAUUAUAAGUGCCGUCGAAGAUUGUGGGUUUGAGUGUAAUUUGUUAUUCGUCGGCGAUGGUAAAGAAGGCGGGUCGAAGAAGCGGAAAUCGGAAGCCGAGGAGUACUGGUCUUUGUUGAUUUCGGCGUUGAUGUAUACGGUGCCCAUAAUUUUAAUCAACAUUGCGUUUACUCACGCCGAUUUGCUUAAAAAUUUCAUCAAGACGCAGAUUCUCGACGUGAAAAUAUCGACGUACAUGCAGUGGGCCUUAGCGACUCCCGUGCAAUUCGUCGUUGGACGACGGUUUUAUACCGGAGCGUACAAAUCGCUCCGACACGGCAGCGCAAACAUGGACGUGUUAGUCGCCAUGGCGACAAAUGUGGCGUAUUUUGCCUCGGUGUUUACGAUAUUUCAUUGCAUUACGAUUGGGCACAACUACGGGAAAACGUUUUUCGAUACGAGCUCGAUGCUCAUUACGUUUAUUUUGCUCGGAAAGUAUUUAGAGUCCUCGGCGAAGAAGAAAACUUCAGAUGCGGUUACUAAACUACUCCAACUCGUGCCUUCGGAAACUAUCUUAUUGACUUUGAACAAAGAUGGAACGUCGUACUCCGAGAAAGUCAUUUCUGCAACGUUAAUCCACAGGGGCGAUAUAUUGAAAGUAAUGCCUGGAGCUCGCAUCGCCGCAGAUGGCGUUUUAUUAGAUUCCGAGUUGGCCUACGUGGACGAGUCGAUGUUAUCGGGAGAAAGCAUGCCGAUAAAGAAAUGCGGAAAAGAUACCAUCACUGGAGGUACGCUCAACGCAGGAGCGGCGUUUCUCAUGCGCGCGGAUAAGAUCGGCUCAGAGACGUCGUUGUUUCAAAUCGUAACGCUCGUUGAAAACGCACAGCUUGCAAAAGCACCGAUUCAAGCGGCGGCGGAUUCCAUCUCGAAUGUCUUUGUUCCGUUCGUGAUCAUCGUGUCCGCUUUCACGUUCUUUAUGUGGUAUUACGCUGGCGCGCAAAAUAAAUACCCAGAAAGCUGGCUUCCCGAAAACGAAUCAAGAUUUAUCUUUGCCAUGCUCUUUGGUAUCUCUGUCCUCGUGACUGCGUGCCCGUGCGCUUUAGGGCUAGCAACACCGACCGCGGUAAUGGUUGGCACUGGCGUCGGUGCAAGUAACGGUAUUUUGAUCAAAGGUGCAGACGGUUUGGAACGCGCGGCAAAAGUGAACAAAGUGUUGUUCGAUAAAACCGGAACGCUCACGCAAGGCAAGCCGAAAGUCUUGGAGUUGAGAGUCUUUAGUAGUACUUAUUCGCAACAACAACUUGCUGAAAUAGUGGCCGUUGCAGAGAAAGAUAGCGAACACCCGCUUGCGCAUUCGUUCGUGAAGUAUGCGGAUGAAACGACAAAAAGCAACGACGAACCAAAUAAAGAUAAAGUUAUCUCGUCGCAAGUUAUUCCAGGAGAAGGUUUAAGGUGUGUCAUGGAAAGUGGAAUUUCUGUGCACAUAGGAAACGAAAAGCUCGUCGGUGGUGCCGAGAACAUACCUCACGAAGCGCGGAAAUUCGCAGGGGAACACCAAAGCGAGGCGCAUACGGUCGUUUUCGUCUCGAUUAACAACGCCGUGGAAGGUGUUUUUGCAGUUUCAGAUCCAAUCAAACCCGAAGCGGCUGGUGUUGUUGCCAUGCUAGCUAGAAUGCACAUAGAAUGCGCGAUUGUCACCGGAGAUAACAUCGAAACCGCGAAAGCAAUCGCGAGCGAAUGCGGCAUUCAGAACGUUUACGCUCGAAUGUCCCCGAAAGAUAAGGCCGAAAAGAUUGCCGAAAUGAAGAAUACCAAUCCUGACGCUGUCAUAGCAAUGGUUGGAGAUGGUAUCAAUGAUGCUCCAGCGUUAGCUUCGGCGGAUGUUGGAAUAGCGAUAGGUUGCGGCACAGAAGUUGCCAUUGAGGCGGCUGAUUUUGUAUUGAUGAAGAGCGAUUUAGAAGAUGUCGCGGUGAGUUUGGAUAUUGCUCGAGAAACGUUUCGAAAAAUAAAAAUGAAUUACAUCUGGGCCCUGGGAUAUAACAUCAUCGCCAUUCCAUGGGCCGCUGGUGCUUUCUAUUCGAGAACUAUGUUUCAAUUACCGCCGUGGGCAGCCGCCGCGUUGAUGGCGUUGAGUUCAGUUUCAGUCGUGUAUUCGAGUUUGAGUUUGCGAAGUUACAAGCGCCCAAUCGCGACGUCUCUGAGUGCGAUCCGAAUUAGCGGCAAAAGUAUCGAGCUAGAUUCAAUCUCUUCCGACUAUCAGUAG